AUAAAAUCCUCCCCCACGGAUCUCGUACGCGCCCUUCAAAACCCUAACCCACCAAACUCACCACCCGCCCUCUCUCUCUCUCUCACUAUCUCCCUCCCUAAAUCUCUCACCUCUACUCCAAUUCCGACCCAAUCUUCACCGAUUCCGGCUAACCUUUUCCCCGCUGUACCCAAAGUUGGAGUCUUUUUCACCCCAUGGCCCAGAUUUGGCGGGGUUUGGAUUCAAGGGGUUGAUUUUGAAUUGGGGGUUUCAUUUGGUGGGUAUGGCUAAUCGGGUUGAUUCCGGUAAAGGGUUGGUGCCUGGAUCCGAUUCCAAGGUUGCGGGGGCGAAGCGAGUUGGUGUUGAAUUGGGAGAUGAAGAUGAAGUUGAGCCUAGGAAGCGGAUUAAGAUUCGAGAUCUUGAAUCAGUGUGCCGGGCUGAAGGAAGUAAUAAGAGACAGUGUGGUGGUCAAUUUCAAUGCGACGAUGAAAAGAUGUCUGAUGUUACUGAAGUGCCUGUCACCUCUGAUUUGGAUGCUUCUCGAGCUGGGAAAGGUGUGAGAAGCACAUUCCCAGUUGCGGUUGACCCUAUUCCUGAGUCAUUGGAUCUCAGCAAUGAUGCGUGCAGUGCCAAGAAUAAGGUUCAGAAGGGCAGUCAACUACUCUCUAUGAGUUCAGAAGAGGCCACAUCACCUAGGGAUCAAGUUACUGAAGUGCCUAAAACCUCUGCUUUGGAUGCUUCUCAAGUUGGAACAUCUGUAAGAAGCACAAAUCCAGUUGUAGUGAACUCUAUUGCCAAGCCACUAGAUCUCAAUACUGAUGUGUGUGUUGGUGGCAGCAGUACCGUUCAAAAUGACAGUCAGCAAUGUUCUCAGAUUUCAGUAAAGACCAGAUUGCCUAUUGAUCAUGUUACUGAGGUGCCCAAAACCUCUGAUUUGGAUACUUCUCACGAGGGAACAUCUAUGAGUGGCAGAAUUCCACUUGUGGUCAACCUUAUUCCCAGGUUGCGAGAUCUUAAUGCUGGCUUAUGCGCUGCCAGCAAUAUGGUUCAAAAUGGCAGUCAGAAAAGCUCUCAGGAUCAAGAAAAGUCCACAGUGUUUAGGGAUCAUGGUAAUCCUGGGAAUGCAAAAGGCAAUGUUUUGGAUUUAACUGCAAAAGGGGUGUCAAGUUCGGAAAACCAAGAUCCAUUUUAUCCAUAUAAAAAUCUCAAUCAUUUGAAAUCAAGAGAUGUUUCUGAAUGUGGGAGCUGCACUGGCCCAGUGGAAGAGAAAGAUCCAAUGACAGUGUGGAAGGAAAUGAAGGAAAACGGUUUCCUGUCACCUACUAAUGGAGGCCUAUCAAAGCCAAAGCAACCUGUGGCAAUUCCAACACCAAAGCAACCUGUGGCAAUUCCAACGCCAAAGCAGCAACUUGGAGGCGUACCAAUUUCAAAGCAACACGGGGGCAUACCAAUGCCAAAGCAACGCCCCAAAAAAAUUAAAAAUGAAGAGCAGAAGAAAAAGAUGGAACGUGCGAAGAAGGAACAAGUGGAUAGGUUUGCAAAGAUUGCCGCUCCAAGUGGACUGCUGAAUGAACUGAACCCUGGGAUCAUCAACCAUGUGAGAAACAGAAAACAGGUCCAUUCUAUAAUAGAGGCUCUUGUAAGAUCCGAAAGACUUGAAAUUAGCCGUGCGGAGAACAGACAGACAGUCCAUCAGCAGAGUGGAACUGUAGAUAACAGGCAGGACCUGGAUAAUAUGAGCAAGAGUUGGUGUCCAAAUACUUUUUUCGAGGACAUGCAGGCACAAGGGUACACUAUACUGAUGAAAAAGCCUUCAUUGGUACAAGUGGACAACUGUAUGGAGGAUUACUCAAUCGUAAAUGAUAGCAUUGGUGGUGGAAAGAGUUUCGCAUCACACCCCACUCAUGUAAGUGAGGAAGAGGCGCUUGCACUGAAAUUGUCUUCAUCAAGUGUAGCACCUGAGGAAGAUAUUCCAUUGUCAUCUAAAGAGGAAACAACAUCCUAUCUUUCUUUUAAAGCUGCUACUGUUGCUUCUCAGUGGUUGGAACUUAUUCAACAAGAUAUUCAAGGACGCCUUACAGCACUGCAACGCAGUAGGAAGAGAGUUCAAAAUGUAGUGAGUACAGAUCUGCCGUUAUUGCUAAAAAAGGAGUUUCCAUGUGAUAAGGAGAAUGAAUCUUCUACCAGAAAAAGUUCUGUGGAUGGACUUUCCAGUCGUGCUUGUGCAGAAAUGCAUCGAGCAAGGUGGGGUCCACGGUUUGAUCAAAUGGAUAAAGCACUUUCUGAAGAAGAAGAACAACUUGAAAGCUGGUUGAACCAAGUAAGAGAAAUGCAAGUUCACUGUAACAGGGGCCUGCAACUUAUCAGUUGGGAUUCUGGCAUUCAAGCUUUGGGUAAAUCUGAAAACAGUACUAGACCACAGAUGGAUAGCUCACAGAGGGAAGUAGCUGUUAGGGCUGCUGCAGCGUCGAUUUAUGCAACGUGCAACUUUAUUUUGUCGGCAAAUCAGUCUCCUUGUUGUUAACUUAAACUUGUUUAAAUCUUUCUGAGCAUCCAGGAAACUUCUGACUACCUGUAAAGGAUUCGCUCAGUGUUUGAGUCUGUAUUGUUACGGACUCUGUAACAAUAGACAUGAAGGCUGGUCACAAGACUGGCAGAGUCCAACUUCUACGACACUCCCGGCGUUGUUGAAUUAACAGGUGUUUAGGUUUGUUGCUUUGUUAUUGGUCUGAGUAGAACUAUUAGUUGUAAAAAAAAUUCAGUUUCUUGUUACUAGUGAUUAGUUUGUUUUACUCUUAUCUCUUAAUCAUUUGUAACAUGUGGCGGCUUUGUUUAACAGCCGGUUGUAAGUCACCAAGUCUUAUUAAUUAUUAUCAGAAGUGAUGGUCUCAUUUGGCCGUCUUUCCCUCUU